AUGGAGCACACCGAGUUUCAUCUUCAAACAGAUAUAUCGAGGAUUGUUGCGCAACCUUUUGCUGACGCAUUCCAGCAUCGUCGUGUCCGACACCAUUCAUCCCAUUUAGAGGUGGACGACAGCACUGGUAGUGGUCAUCUGAGCGCCAUCGCCACUACAUUCCAACCGUUCCAAUCAGCCGCUGGUGCUCUCCGUAUCGCCGCCAGUGUCCCACAUAGAUUUCGCAUGAAUUGCGCAAAAAGGCAAUAA